CUCCUCCUCGAGAGCUCGGAGGCGCACUCUGCGAUAAAACCUGAACCCCAGUGUCUUCAGCUGCAGGGAGGAGCGCAGCGGCUGUGCUCUGCGCUCUGAGAGCUACUGAAGAUCAGCACACGACGACAUCGCUUCACAGGAAUGAGUGAUUGACCUUAUCCCUCCUUUUCCUCCCGUUUUCCCUCUGUCUUCACCGCACGCGCCUUUGCGCUUGGAAUCUUUUGGAUCCGCUUUUACGCACGAACUGUCCGCCUUCCCUUGGAGACUUUAUCCCUACGAAGGUGAUUCAUGAGAAGAGCAUCUAUCCACUUGUAACGUCUGUGCGGAUUCUUUUCUUCAGUCCAAGGAGUGCGUCUUCAAUUCAGGAAUGAUGCUUCUCCGAGGAUGCAACUUUGCUCUGGUCCUUUUGUUCAUGUGUGCCUCUGCCGUGGAGCCAGAUGUGCCGGUGGAGGAUGACACCGUGUUUGAUCUAUUUGAGCGCAGUGGAAUCACAAGGAAGACCCCUGGGGUCAAACUUUUCAGAGGUGGUCAGUCUGAUUCUAUGGCAUACCGCUUCAUCCGUUUCGACCUGCUGCCCUCUGUGAACCCGCAGGCCCUGCAGCAGCUUCUGAUGCAGAUCCAGAACAACGAGGGCUUCAUUCUGACGGCAACGCUGCGCCAGGACCGCACGUCCCGGGGCACCAUCAUGGGCCUGGAGGGCCCCGGCGGGCGCAGGCAGAUGGAGGUUGUGUCUGACGGUCGCACGAACACACUGGACCUGGUGUACUGGUGGGCGGACGGCUCACGCAACGUAAUCUCGUUUGAGGAUGUGGACCUGUCAGACUCGCAGUGGAAGAAUGUCACGCUGUCUGUGCACGGAGAGACCAUCACCCUGUACGUGAACUGUAAAAUGAUCGAGAGCUACAUUCUGGACGAGCCUUUCUAUGAGCACCUGAGUGCCUCUGGGGGACGCAUGUAUGUGGCCAAGGGAUCCAGCCGUGAGGUGCACUUUAGGGGCUUGCUGCAGAAUGUGCAGUUUAUUUUUGACACCCCUCUUGAGGACGUGUUGGAGAGUCGGGGCUGUGAGCUAGCAAACCCAGAAAAUGAGAACACUGUGAGUGAGAGUGCUGAGCAAUUGGAGGUUCCUUCCUCCAUCGCCACCAACCUGAUCGGCCAAAACCCGGAACCCCCGGCCACCAGUUCCUCAGAGCUGAUGUGCGAGCGAUCCUGCGAUGAGCUGGCCAGUCUCUUUGAGGAGCUCAAAGGCCUGCGUGUUGUUGUUAGCAACCUCAUUGAUGGUUUGCAGAAAGUGACGGAGGAGAACACCGCGAUGCGGGAGGCCCUCAAUAAGCUGCAGGACCCGGUGGAGCAGAGCAUGUGCUGGCAGGACGGCAGGAUGUUCGAGAAUAAGGAGGACUGGAUUGUGGACAGCUGUACCAAAUGCACGUGCCAGGAAGGGAAAGUGGUGUGCCGUCAGAUCACCUGCCCUCCGGUGGCUUGUGCCAAUCCGUCCUUUAUCGACGGGGAGUGCUGUCCAGUCUGUCUUCCAAUGGACAGUGACGAUGGCUGGUCUCCAUGGUCUGAGUGGACACAGUGUACAGUGACCUGUGGCAGUGGAACUCAGCAGAGAGGCCGAUCGUGUGAUGACUCCAGCAACACAUGCUCUGGUCCUUCCAUCCAGACUCGCAGGUGCAGCCUGGGAAAAUGCGACCGGAGAGUGCGUCAGGACGGUGGCUGGAGUUUAUGGUCUCCGUGGUCGGCGUGCUCUGUGACCUGUGGGGAGGGGGUGAUCACUCGUAUUCGUCACUGCAACUCCCCCAUUCCUCAGCGAGGAGGCAAAGACUGCGAGGGCGAAGGCCGAGAGACGCAGAGCUGCCAGGCUGAGCCGUGCCCGAUUGACGGAGGCUGGGGUCCGUGGUCACCAUGGGCGUCCUGCUCAGCUACGUGUGGUGGUGGACUGAAGAGCCGUGAGAGAGAGUGUAACAGUCCUGUCCCGCAGCACGGGGGGAGGAAGUGUAUGGGAGAUUCUGUUGAGAAUGAAGUCUGCAACAAACUGGAGUGCCCCAUCAAUGGUUGUCUCUCCAACCCAUGCUUUGCUGGAGUGGAGUGCAGCACUGUGUCUGAUGGCUCCUGGGAGUGCGGGCCCUGUCCAUCAGGCUACCGGGGCAACGGAACCUCCUGUGAAGAUGUGAACGAGUGUGACAUGGUGUCAGAUGUGUGUCAUAAGCUGGGUGGGCUGCAGCAGUGUGUGAAUACGGAUCCGGGAUUCCACUGUCUGCCCUGCCCCCCGCGCUACAAAGGCACGCAGCCCUACGGCAUGGGAGUGGAGUCAGCCAAAACCAACAAACAGGUAUGUGAGCCCUACAACCCAUGUAAAGACAACACCCACAGCUGCCACAAGAACGCAGAGUGUAUCUUCCUCAGCCACGUCACAGAGCCCAUGUACAAGUGUGAGUGCCGUAUUGGCUAUGCUGGGGAUGGCAUCAUCUGCGGAGAAGACUUUGAUCUGGACGGGUGGCCCAAUCAGGAUCUGGUGUGUGGUGCCAAUGCCACUUAUCACUGCAAGAAGGAUAACUGCCCAACCCUUCCCAACUCUGGUCAAGAAGACUUUGACAACGACGGACAAGGAGAUGCAUGUGAUAAAGAUGAUGACAAUGAUGAUAUUGUGGAUGAAAGGGACAACUGUCCCCUGAUGUAUAACCCUCGGCAGUACGAUUAUGAUAAGGAUGCGGUGGGCGAUCGAUGUGAUAACUGCCCGUAUGAGCACAACCCUGCUCAGACUGACACGGACAACAAUGGGGAGGGAGAUGCCUGUGCUAUUGACAUGGAUGGAGAUGAGAUUCUGAAUGAGAAAGACAACUGUCCACUAGUUUACAACACUGACCAGAAGGACACAGAUUUGGAUGGUGUUGGGGACCAGUGUGAUAACUGCCCUCUGGUCCACAAUCCUCAGCAGACCGAUGUGGAUAACGACCUGAUUGGAGAUCAGUGUGAUAACAACCAAGACAUAGACGAAGAUGGCCAUCAGAAUAACAUGGAUAACUGCCCCUACAUUGCCAAUGCCAACCAAGCAGACCAUGACAAUGAUGGCAAAGGAGAUGCUUGCGAUCAUGAUGAUGACAAUGAUGGCAUUCCUGAUGACCGGGACAACUGCAGACUGUUUCCCAACGCUGAUCAACUGGACUUGGAUGGCGAUGGUCGUGGUGAUGCCUGUAAGGACGACUUUGACAACGACAGCAUUCCCGACCUGUUUGAUGCCUGCCCAGAGAACAAUGCCAUCAGCGUCACAGACUUUAGAAAAUUUCAGAUGGUGCAUCUGGAUCCUAAGGGAACCAUUCAGAUCGACCCCAACUGGGUGGUCCGGAAUCAGGGCAAGGAGCUGGUACAGACUGCUAACUCUGACCCUGGCAUUGCAGUUGGCUUUGAUGAGUUCAGUUCUGUGGAUUUCAGUGGAACGUUCUACGUGAAUACAGACAGGGAUGAUGACUAUGCAGGCUUUGUGUUUGGCUACCAGUCCAGCCGACGAUUCUACGUAGUGAUGUGGAAACAGAUAACACAGACCUACUGGGAGGACAAGCCAUCGAAGGCCUUUGGUCUCUCUGGAGUAUCACUGAAAGUAGUCAACUCCAGCACGGGUACAGGAGAAAACCUGCGUAAUGCUCUCUGGCACACAGGCAACACCAAAGACCAGGUCCGAACACUUUGGCACGAUCCAAAGAACAUUGGCUGGAAAGACUACACUGCUUACCGCUGGCAUCUGAUCCACAGACCCAAGACUGGCUUCAUCAGGGUUGUGGUGUAUGAAGGAAAGCAGAUCAUGGCAGACUCUGGGCCUGUCUAUGACAAGACAUUUGCCGGUGGUAGACUAGGGUUAUUCGUUUUCUCUCAGGAGCUCGUCUUCUUCUCUGACCUCAAAUAUGAAUGCAGAGACAACUGACUUUGAAGCAUCUCCAACCAUCAAAUGUCUAAAUGUCAGCGGUUUCAGAUGAGUACGAUGCUUUACAAAUGUAACGCAGACUAAAGCACGUACAGGAAGGUCUCGUCCAGCUUCUCUUCACUUUAGCAGUGGAACGCACAGAUUCAUGGGCUUCAUGUGCCUUUGACAGUAGAACUGACUCGGGAUUUUGGUUGUGAUAAGGAGACAAAGUUCAUCACAUUCCCUCAGCUUUGGUGCACAAAUACACUUAAUCAAAUCAAAUUGAGUCCUGCCUUCUUGAAUAUAAACCUAAGGGUUUGAAUAUUAGCAAUUUUUUAUGUAGUCAUGUAGUCUUUUUAUAUUUGUCCUAUUAGUCGUUUUUUCAGAGUAGCUUUGAAACGGUUUCAAAUGUUGAAUGGAGAAGAUGUAUGAUAUUCAGAAUAAUACUAUUUCUACUGUAACUUAUUUGUCUGUUGUGCAAGAUUAUUAAUUAACAGUUUUGUUUUGCUUUUGCCAAUGAUUGUAAAUACUUAUUUAUUUGUUUACACUGACAAACGUUCACAAAUUGAAUUGUAGAAAAGGUGUUUUACAUCUUUAUUCAAAAUGUAUUCAUUGCUAGAAAUCAAGAAGUCUUGAGUUCUGGUACAGACCACCUAAGACGUGUUCAUUAGUUCACCAAUGUUUUUAUUCUUGCGUAGAGAUAAAAUUCAACUUGAUGUGAAAAUAAUUGUUCAAAAAAGAUGUU